UCAUCAUAAGGAUCUGUUCUAAAGUAUUUUAAAAUUCAAAUAUAUUGAAAUAACAAAGCAAGAAGAACAUUUUCCUUGCAAUCAAAUACAUCAUUUAGUAGUUUCGAAAGAACGAAAUUAAUCGCUGGCAAGCGGACGUAAUUCCACUAAUAAAUUAUUACUAUCUAAUUUGUUUCUCUUGUGCAUUGUAGGAACGUUACUCGCGAGUGUAUUAACUACGCGACAAGAACUCCGAACAUUAAAAUGAACGACUAUCUUCCAUUGUUGAGAUUCUCUCUAAAAUGGAUAAGAUUCAUCGGGCUUCAUCCCAACAAUCGUCGUCCUAGAGACAAUUUAAUUAACGCUUUACUGGUCAUCGGGACAUUCCUUAUGUCCGCGAUGAUGAUUCUCGAGGUGGUUUUGAACUGGAACGGUAUGAGGACUAUGGGAAACUCCUUGAUGCUUCCUUCCAUAGUCAUGGUGAAUAGAAGUACAAAUACUUUGAGAGUUAAUUAAGUAUACGUUUUGAAGGUCUUUGGUAAAUCGGUGAGCCUGACGUUCAAGAAGGAGAACAUACGGAAUUUCCUUGAGAAAAUCAAUAAACUCUGGCGCACUGAUAUAUUUGGACAAGCCGUUGAAGAUGAGAUGAAGAAUUAUAGCAGAAUCGUGUACAAAUUCAUGAAAAUAUUCCAAGUUAUUUGCACGGUAAAUGUCAUGAUGUUUUGUGUACAGGACAUUUUCUUGGAAAGACUGUCUCUACCAGCGUACACUUUCUGCGAUUUAACGACAAGUCCAUGUUACCAAUUCACGUGUCUGUAUGAAUGCGUAUAUAUGGUUUUCCUGGCUCUUCCUUUGACUUUCGCCAAUGAAUCCCUCUUCGCUUGCAUGAUUUUGUAUGGUUACAUUGGUAUACAGAUGAUCAAGUCAGGAUUCCAGAAAUUAUUCUUGUUGGCCCACACUGAAAGAGAAGAACAAACAAAUGAAUAUUACAUAAAAAACGUAGUGCGUCAACAUAAUAUUACACUAUCGUGAGUUGUAGGUACUACUUGGCUUGAUAACUUAAUACUUGUUGUUUCAGCUUAAUCAAGGACACUAACGAUAUGUUUUCAGAGAUACUCUUCGUGCAAUUCUCGACCUCCGUUAUUUCGCAGAUAUUCUGCCUCUUCAUGCUCACAUUGGAUGGGUUAUUUUUUCUCCAAUAUCUACUCAGUUUUUUAGACGAUUGAAAUUAACUCUUCUUUCAGAUCUGUACCAGACGUGGAACAUAUAACCACGUACGUUCCAAUUUACGUGACACACAUAUUUCAGUUAGCCAUUUACUGCGUCGGCGGUAAUAUUAUAAUGGAUGUUACAUCUUCGAUCGGCGAUGCGGCGUACGACGUGCCUUGGUACAGCAAGGACCAAACGAAGUUAAGGAAAUCUUUGUCUUUGAUUAUCCUGAGAUCACAGCGCACCGAUAAACUCACAAUUGGAGACAUGGUCGAUCUGAAUUUAGUUACCUAUCUGUCUAUUGUAAAGAAUUCGUUAUCCAUCUGCACUUUAGUACAAACAAUACCAGACUGA